AUGAAGAUGAAAAUAGUUCCCAGACAGAAUGGCACUGAGGCAACAGAGUUCAUUCUGCUGGGACUGACCAGCAGGCCUGAGCUGCAGCCCAUCCUUUUUGUGGUGUUUCUGCUGAUUUAUCUCAUCACCCUGACUGGGAACUUGGGGAUGAUUACUCUAAUCAGAGUCACUCCCCGGCUGCAAACCCCCAUGUAUUUUUUCCUCACCCAUUUAGCAUGUGUGGACAUAUUCUAUUCCACCAAUGUUUCUCCUCAAAUGCUUGUCAACUUCUUAUCUAAGAAGAAGACCAUUUCCUACACUGGGUGUCUGGCCCAGUGUUUUGUUUUCGUGACUCUACUCCUUACUGAGUAUUACAUGCUUGGCGCCAUGGCCUAUGACAGGUACAUGGCCAUUUGCAAUCCCCUACAUUAUUCCAGCAAAAUGUCCAAGCCGGUUUGCAUCUGUCUGGUCACUGUCCCCUACCUGUGGGGAUCUACAGUGGCCACAAUGCAGGUAAUAUUGACGUCUCGUUUGUCGUUUUGUGGACCCAGCACCAUCAACCAUUUCUACUGCGCUGAUCCACCCCUGUUAAUGCUGACAUAUUCUGACACAUACAUAAAGCAAACUGCACUGUUUGUGUCAGCAGGAAUUAACCUCACAGGUUCACUGCUCAUCAUCCUCAUCUCCUACGUGUUGAUUUUCAUCACCAUUCUGAGGAUCCGUUCCAGUGAAGGACAGCGCAAAGCCUUCUCCACCUGUGGUUCCCACCUGACAGCUGUCACUAUGUUCUAUGGGUCCCUGUUCUGUAUGUAUCUGAGACCAGCAAAUGAGCGAUCUGUCGAGCAAGGGAAAAUCGUGGCAGUGUUUUGUAUUUUUGUGAGUCCCAUGCUGAAUCCAUUUAUCUACAGCCUGAGGAACAAGGAUGUGAAACAGGCUAUGAGAAGAGUGUUUUCGGGAAGGUUUGGUAGAAUGAAAAGUUCAAUAUUUACAGUUUCCCAAUAA